GCGUCUGUGUAACCGGGCUGCACGUGGUGAGUGUGAAUGUGAACAGAAUCAUCGUCACACCUGCAAGCCCGACCUGGGUGCAACGCCGGUUUGCGAUCCUCCGUGCAUGUGAUAGCAAUUUGAAGAGGCCCAAACGAUGAUUCACAUAUAUAGAUGCGGCGAGUUCACAUUUUCACACAAUAUGUGGGAUGCUGGGUAUCCGACGAAGUACCGACUUCAGACUCUUGCGACAGGCAAAACAUUGUCAGAGCAGACGAUUACCUCAAUCGCUGUGAGCGAGGUACUGCCUGGAAGUCAGACCCGAUUCCCCGGCUUAGGGUUCCUUGAAUCGCCUUCCUCUGGUGCUCUUCAUACACACGCUCAUCAGAAGUCGCGUGAAGUCGCGUGUACGCGCUAUCAAGCUCGACCAAGUCAAGAAGCGGCGACCUCUGCGCGCCGACCAGAUAUGAGGAAGAAGCACUUCGAAGCGCAUUGUGCCCUAUGCGUGUAUUAUGAAUCAAAGCCGUCCCCCUCAUGGCGUCAAAAUGCUACACUGCCAUACCCAGUUGGAGUGUGGGAGCGCUUAGAGAGAGGCUUUCCCCUUGCCAAGUCUAGCUAUUGUUUGGCAGCUGUGUGAGGGUUGAAUCGACGUUGUUUUCCACUUUUGAAGGCGGGAGCUAGGGCACUACAAGGGUAGCUAGAGCUUCCUUCGCUUCUGUAAAUGGGAAGUUUGGAGGUGAUGCUCUGGGUGAAAGCUGACCGCGAGCGAGCAAACUCACGCCAACGUGCCAUAGGCAAUAAGGCGUAAGAGCGUGUGUAUGCCGUAACUUGCCCAGUCAGAAAUGAUGAACAGGCACAAUCGAAACAUGAAAGACAAAUGAGGUGCUUCCUCAUCACUCGGACAUGCUGUCGAGUUGCUCCAAACUAGACAACCUCUUCCCAAUCUUCUGUUCAUUUCUUGCGAGCCAAUCUCCCUACUCCAGCCGUGGCUUGGCAGUUACGGGAACUCGUCCUCGCUUUCGCUUCAAGCUUUAAUAGCACGGAUAUCGUUAGUGUUAUGCCGC